GUGCGACGUCAUUGCCCGCUCCUGAAGCAUUUGAACGCGUGAGGCGCGAGAUAUCACGAAUAGUAUGAUUAAUAAUAAUAAUACGCUUGGGUAAUUAGUAGAAAAGGAUAUCCGAAUGACCGGCGAAACAUAAUGUUAGUGCAUAUUGACGUGGAGCAUCAGCAAGCCAGUUCCUUAAAUUGAAAUAUCUUCUGAAAAUUAAUUGAGCCUGCAACGUUAGACUGUGCAUUUCCUAUGUCGGCUCCCCAUCAGACAUCAGUAGUCAGCACCCCUCUCCCUCUACCCACUCAUUUCUCUCAUGCCCAGCAGUCCUUUUCAAUAAAGAAACGGAGACCUCCCUUCUCUUCCUCAUCAUCUUCCUCCCUGUCUCCUUCGUGGCCAUUAUCUCAUUCUUUACCACCACGGCCUCCAUCUAAAGGAUGCCCUCCGCUUAGUCGAGUGUUCCACCACUGCCCCACUCCAUGGACACCCCUGUCACGCUCGCUUAUAGAUUCACCCCCUCCUCGCUCUGUGUAUAACCCAUCCCGUCCCCAGACCUUUUUCGACCAGUGCUUUUCCAACCUGGGUCUAAUUGGACAAGGCUCUUUUGGUGAAGUUUUCAAGGUGGUGAGUCUUUUGGACGGCUGUCAGUAUGCUGUCAAACGUUCAGUGCAGCGUUUCCGUGGUGAGGUUGAACGAGCAAGAAGCAUUGCUGAGGCUUGGAAUCAUGAGGGACUGCACUCACACCCGUACAUACUGGGCUUCAUUGCAGCUUGGGAGGAGGCUGGUCACCUCUACAUCCAGACUGAACUCUGCUGUACCAGCCUACUGCUAUAUGUUGAGGAAACACCAUUUCACACUGGUGAGACAAGUGCCUGGACAUACCUGUGUGACAUGCUCUCAGCACUUGACCACUUGCACACUCAUGGGUUUGCCCACCUGGACAUCAAACCAGCAAAUAUUUUCAUUACAAAGUCUGGACGGCUCAAACUUGGAGACUUUGGCUUGUUGAUCAAGCUUCCUACAGACGUCCGAAAACAAGUGAUAGAAGGAAAGAGAGAAAUUAAGGCAGAGGAGGUUGAUUUACAGGAAGGAGACCCCAGAUAUAUGGCCCCUGAACUAUUGAGAGGAGAGUAUGGGAUUGCCGCAGACAUCUUUAGUUUGGGUGUUUCUAUCCUGGAGUUGGCCUGUAACAUUGAGGUUCCUAAAGGAGGAGAUGACUGGCAGCAGCUCAGAAUGGGUCACUUACCAGUAGAAUUCACUAAUGCACUUUCAGAAGACAUGCAGUAUAUGCUACGGCUUAUGCUAAACCCAGAGCCCUGCAAAAGAUCCACCGCACAGCAGCUGCUCUCUCUGCCCUUUGUGUGUAAACGCAAGUGGAGACGACAGCUUUCCCUCUGCAUCAUUGAGUGCUUUCUAUCCUUAUUCCAGUGGUGUCAGAGAGAUCCUGUCCUGCGUGGGCCUAUCAUCCAUCGCGGUAGCACAAUUGUUUCACGACUGGGAAUACAACAGCCGGUUGCCAGCCCGCGCCCAAGCCGCCGACCUAUCCCGUCUCUCACGGCACUGGCUACUUACCGGAGAUCCCAGCGCCGCCCAAGUGGCCGAACGUGUCGUCGUGGAUCGUCUUCUCCAUGUCCUUCCUCGCUCGAUUCGGCCAGCGGCCGGGUAUGCGGAACCCGCUCACCAUGGGAGAUCUCGUGGAGGCCAUCGAGCUGGCGGAGGUGGCCCAAUGUCGCGAGGCUGGAGAGCGAGCGCUGCCAUUUCCCCGAAGGGUGCACCAGGAGCAACUCUCGCCGGAGGGCAUUUCGCGACCAGUGAGCAGGCCGGCGGUUCCCGGCCCCCAGGAUGAGCCGAUGCCCACGGAUCCUCCUCGUUCACCACACCGGGCCUGGCUGCCAGGUUGCAUCGUCCACCGUGAGUCCCCGCUGGAAGCACCGCAAGUAGAGGUGAAGGUGAAUGGACGAUCCUACCAAGCUCUCCUAGACUCGGGCAGCGCGGUCAGCCUGGUCCAGCCGACAGUGUUUCAAAAGUCAAGAGCCCGCCUACCCAUCACUGUGUAGUCUAGUUGGCAUCCCCACAGAGAUAUUGACUGACCAAGGCACCCCGUUCAUGUCCUGGAUGAUGGCUGACCUCUGUCGCCUCCUGCAGGUGAAGCAACUGCGAACCUCAGUAUACCAUCCUCAGACCGAUGGGCUGGUCGAGCGUUUCAAUCAGACGCUGAAGCAGAUGCUCCGUCGGGUUAGAAAAAAUGGCUUUAUAAAGGUAAAAAUGGCCAUAAAAAAGUAAAAAUCAGUUUAAACUUAUUGGAAAAGAUUAUUUUCUAUCAGUGUGAACUGACCUCCACAUAGAAUAUGAAAAAUAUCACAAACUUUAGGAGUCAGCUGUCCACGGCAGUCCUUAAGGUACCAGCACAAUAACACACUAAAUAUCAUCUAAUUAUCGUUAUCGAUAAAAUUCCAGAAAAGUCCUUCUUGGUUGCUGUUUUUACCAUAUUGUAUGUCAAGUCACCUUUAUUUAUAUAGCGCUUUUACAAUACAGAUUGUGUCAAAGCACUUAACAGUAUCAAAUUGGAGGAUAGAGUGUCAGUAAUGUAUAAUGAUAAGAUUAAACACUCAAUUUUCAGUUAAAGGCAUUUCAUUAUUGAAUUCAGAGAUGUCAUUGUCUAGCUCAGUUUAGUUUAAAUAGUAUCUGUGCAAUCAAAUCGGCGAUAAUCGCUAGAAAUUAAGUGUCCCCAACUGAGCAAGCCAGAGGCGACAGCGGCAAGGAACCAAAACUCCCUCUGUGACAGAAUGGAGAAAAAAAAACCUUGGGAGAAACCAGGCUCAGUCGGGGGGCCAGUUCUCCUCUGACCAGACGAAACCCGCAGUUCAAAAGUUUAUAUUUCUAUUUUAAUUUUGUUGCAAUUUCUAACAAUAGUAGUAUUAUGUAGUUAGGUAUUUUAUUAUAUUUUAGUUAUUUUGUUAUGUCAGCCUA